AUGUUCAAUACUACUUUUCUCAUCGUCAUUCUCGUGCUCAUGACCUAUUCACUAGCUCAAAACUCGCGAUCAUGCUCGGAAGAGUCACUAAUGCUGUCCGAAUGUGUCGACCCGUAUCAGGGGUACAUUACUUCUCUGAAAGAUGUGACCGGAAAAAAGAUUGUGGAUCUUCUGUUCAUGAGAAAGUUUGUGAACUUCACUGACACAAUGGUUCAGUGCAUCGGAGUUGUGAACUGUGAAACUCCUCGACAUUACCUUUUCUUCCUGAAUGGACUCAAUUAUAUCGGGAAGGUGGUCUAUGGAAAAGAAGCUUUUGAUUGCUUCAAAAACGUUAGUUCGAACACAGGUGUAGAGAAAGAAUUAUUCACGUUUAGGUGAAGACCAUACUCAUCAGUUGUUUCAAAGAUCUUAACACUGAUUAUGAUGAGAUUCGUCGUGGCGGAAAAAGACGUGAGAAGGUUUCAAAGCUCGUCGAAUGUUGGGUGAAAAAAGCAGCGAACGAGCCGUCUCCUUCCAAUUGUUCCCAAAAAUUGAUCAACCCAUUGACAAACGCUGCAAAAACCGCCAUUUAUUUGUGGAAACAGUACGUGGAUUACAAGGACGGAAAAAUGAGACCAACUACGUUCACAGAGCAGAAAAUAGAAGAUUACCUUGAAUAAACGAAUGAUUUCAUUUUGUUUCCUGGGAACAAAUUCAAUCAUAGAGAUGUUGUGAUAUGUUUCUGUUGUAUAAAAGCGAGCUGGGAGAAGACGAUUCGACACAGAAAUGAUGCUGAAUCAUAUCACUCUCUGUCUUCUUCUUCUUCCUACUCUGGCCCUUGCCGACGUCCUCGAUCAUCUCUUGAGAACGAAAGGAUCUUUCAAUGCAGAAUGCCGUCAAGAAUACGAUACCGUCCUGGAGUGUAUGAAGCCGCAUAUGGUAAGCAAGAUGCGUUAAAUAAAAAAUUUACCGUUUUUAGGCGCUUUAUCAGAAAGUUGCUGAUUACAACGAGACUGCCUUUCUCUACAAUCCUGCAAUCAUGCGGAAAGCGCUUCAGAUCUUCGAGGACGUCUCUGAGUGUGUUGGAGACCUUCAAUGCAAGGAUCUCAAGCACGCUAAGUACUUCCUCGAGGGAUUCAUUUUUGUUGGCGAGCGAGUGUACGGUGAUGCCUUCCAUUGUUUCAGCAACGUGAGCUUCUUCCUUUCUAAAACAUUCAAGAAUUUUGAUUUAGGUCCAAUUUGUGGAAACUUUCGAACACUGCGCCGACACUCACAAACCGUCACACUCGAUUCUCAUUGAAAUUCUCGCCGACAGAAGCAUUUUCGACCAAGCAUUGAAGCCUGUCGUCGAUUGUAUUGCUGAGAAGAUGUUUCUGAUCCCCGCGACGUGCUCUGUUGACCGCAUCGUCACAUUGUACAAGGCUGGCAGAGCUAGCGCCGACCUGUUCUACACUGCCUUGAAAUUGAAUGGCGGGCUUUCCGCGAGCAACGAAUUCAACGCUUCGGAAUACUGUGAUUGA